CCAAAGCGACUUUUCCCUGUCUGUAUAGUGAGUAACGUUAGCAGAAGUUCAUUUAGUUAUUCGGGGAUAUAUGAUUACGUAAAAGGGUUUUCAUCAAUUGAAAGACAUGAAGAAAAGGUUUCACAUAAACUUGGAUGAUUCUGCUUUCACCAAAGAAAGAAUACCGCCAAAGCCACUGUUUCAGCCUAUAUCCAAAGGACAACAAAACACCACGACCUCAGUAGCAUCCUCCGCAACGUCUGUUCCCAAAUCAGCGGACCAACCCCUGUCCUAUGCAGAAUACAUCGUCCAGAGUAAAAACAAUGUAGCGGCUGCUCCACAGAAGGAUGUCCUCUGCAAACUGGUCAGGACUGAAGAUGCUGGAGUCACCAGUCUGAGGCAGGAGGCGCAGGACUCUGUACCUUCUUCUGCAGGAAACUGUGAAACAGUUAAGGACUGUUUUCAGACUGGAGCAGAGGAUGUUAAAAGCAGUCAGAAGAAACAGGAGGAUGAGGGGAACUGUCAAACGUCGGAUACAAGCCCUAGUCUGUGUCCUAAACCAGUUGGGUCUGGGAGCAGCAUUAUUGUCAGUCCUCGACAGAGGGGGAAUCCUAUUCUGAAGUUUGUGAGGAGUGUGCCAUGGGAAUUUGGAGAUGUUGUACCGGACUAUGUCUUGGGACAGAUGACCUGUGCAUUGUUCCUCAGUUUGAGGUAUCACAACCUUAAUCCAAACUACAUCCAUGACCGUUUGAAGCAGCUUGGAAACACAUUCACCCUACGUGUACUGCUAGUCCAAGUAGAUGUGAAAGAUCCUCAUCAUGCACUGAAGGAGCUGGCUCGUAUCUGCAUCAUGGCUGACUGCACUCUUAUCUUAGCUUGGAGUCCAGAAGAAGCCGGGCGUUACCUGGAAACAUACAAGUCAUAUGAAAAGAAACCAGUGGAUCUCCUGAGGGAACAAGUUGAAAAAAACUACCUGUCAAAGGUUACAGACUGCCUGACAACUGUGAAGUCUAUCAACAAAACUGAUGCCAUUACCUUGCUCUCCACUUUUUCAUCGGUAGAGGGAAUCAUUACCGCUUCUAAGGAAGACUUGGUACUCUGCCCAGGCCUUGGACCACAAAAGGCGAGACGACUUCAUGACGUGCUCCACAAGCCUUUUCUCAAGUCAAAGACAAAAGACAGCUGAGACACCUCACCAAGGACAUGUGUGGCAUGCUCAUUGAGAUAAUUAUAUAAAGCUGAUCAACCCUCUUGGUUUAGGAAAGCAAUGUGUGAAAUGUAGUUUCUCCCUAAACUAGCUGUUUGUAGACUCUGACCUGCACAUUGAUUUCAUGUUUUGUUUUUUAUUUUUGUUUUUUCUCUAAUGAAGUUAUUUCAAAAGUUCAUUCAGUUUGUUAUUGUAAUAAAAAAUAAUUUAAACACUU